AAAGGUCAUAACGCGAUGGCAUCGCGGACGAGAAAACGGUGGUGCGCGAGUGGUGUAUUGGUGCGAUUAACGCUGAUCUUAUCAAGUCUGUGCGUCGGUCGUUGCGCGGACUUUGGCGCGACGACGAUGACGUCAACGACAAUGACAGCGAUGACGACGAUGAUGAUGCCGACGAUGACGAUGCCGAUUGCUGUUAGCGCGAGGAAGUGCGUCGACGGUGCACGGACGACUCAGUCCAAGGGCGAGGUCAAGCUGGCGGUGAUCGCGCCGGGCGAUCCUCACCACGAGCAGAGCUUGCCAAGGGUAUUGCCGGCGGUACUGUUAGCGGUGAGAUACGUCAGUUCACUCAAGGGGCCUCUGCCCGGAUGGAGCAUCAAGGUGGACCAUCGCGACUCGCAUUGCUCCAGCACUUAUGGGCCACUCGCCGCAUUUGAGUUUUACAUCAACCAGACAGCAGACGCCUUCCUGGGUCCCGUGUGCGAUUACGUGAUCGCACCUGUGGCCAGGUACGCGGGUGUAUGGGGCAUACCCGUGUUAACAGCGGGUGCGCAAGCGGAGGCGUUCCGUCACAAAGGCGAGCAUUAUCCGACGUUAACCAGGAUGAUGGGCUCUCAUCGCUUGGUCGGCGAAGCGCUUAGACAUAUCCUACGGCGUUUCGGCUGGAAAAUCGCCGGCCUACUCUUCCACAAUCAUGCCAUGGCCAGCAGCAGAGGCAAUUCCGAAUGCCAUUUCACGCUGAGUGCCGUAUUCACGGCGCUCAAUCAAACGCCGGUGCACAAGAGUUUCAAUCAGGAGACGACCACCGCCGAGGAUUACAGGAACUUGCUCACCUUCGUCUCGAAAUCCGCAAGAAUCGUGGUAAUGUGCGCUAAUUCAACAACCAUCCGGGAGAUAUUGCUGGCUGCCGAAGAGCUCGGGAUGGUGGACUCAGGAGAAUAUGUGUUCUUCUCCAUAGAGCUUUCCUCCAGUGACAACGAUUCCACAGAACCGUGGAAAAUCGACGGCGACACCGAAGAGCGUAAUGAAAAAGCCCGUAAGGCUUAUCAAGCUCUGCUGACAGUGACAGCGCGCACCCCAGACAAUAUGGAGUACCUAAAUUUUUCGCGCGAAGUCAAAAGUUUGGCGCAAAGCAAAUACAACUUUACUUUCGGAAAUAGUUCGGUCUCCACCUUUGUGACAGCGUUUUACGACGCAGUGCUGCUUUACGCCCUUGCCCUUAAGGAGAGCUUGCCGGAGAAACCGGGAGAAGUCAACCUGGAUGGCGGUAAUCUAACUCGAAGGAUGUGGGGGAAAAGUUUCAAAGGAAUAACCGGCGACGUAAACAUCGAUGACAACGGCGAUAGAAUAGCGGAUUAUUCUCUGCUGGAUAUGGAUCCGGCAACAUCUAGAUUCGAAAUUGUAGCAAAUUAUUACGGUGCGAACAAGACAUUGGAAUAUAUACCUGGGAAGCAAAUUCACUGGGCCGGAGGUCGUUUAGAGCCACCUCCGGAUACUCCUACUUGCGGAUUCGACGGAUCUUUGUGUCCCGAUAAUUCUCUUCCGGGUUACGCUAUCCUUUCCAUGGUAUUGAGCUCCAUUGUGGUCGUUCUUGUCGUCGGUUCAGUAUUUAUUUAUCGACGCUUCAAACUGGAAGCGGAAAUUGCCUCCAUGACGUGGAAGGUGCAUUGGGAUGACGUAAUCGUAAUACCGAACGCGAAGACAAGGGGCUCUAUGUACUCACUGAUUGCGAAUAAGUUUCGCGACAGCCAAUUGACGAUAUAUUCCGAGGAUAACGCAAGCAUGCCGGACGAUGUUGAUAAAAAUGUGUACGUUCCAACGGGAUUUUAUAAGAACUCAAAAAUCGCUAUAAAAUAUAUACCGAGAAACAAAGUCGAGAUCUCGAGGCCUUUAUUGCUUGAAUUAAAGCGGAUGAAGGAUCUCCAGCACGAUCAUCUUGUACGAUUUUACGGUGCCUGUCUCGAGCCACCGCAUUGUUGCCUCCUAACCGAAUACUGCCCUAAGGGAUCUCUUCAGGAUAUACUGGAGAACGAGCAGAUAAAGCUCGAUCGCGUGUUCAGGGGAUCCCUGAUACACGAUAUCGUCCGUGGCAUGGCGUAUCUCCACGCAUCGGAGGUUAAGAGUCACGGUAAUCUCAAGUCCUCGAACUGCGUGGUCGAUUCGCGAUUCGUCCUGAAAAUCGCCGACUUUGGCUUGCACGAGCUCAGAAGAACGAACGCGGACGAGGAGAUGGACAGGAACAGCUACGCUUAUUGGAGAAGACAGCUGUGGACAGCACCGGAGUUGCUGAGAAUGGAAAGACGACCGCCCGAGGGCACUCAGAAAGGCGAUGUAUAUAGUUUCGCUAUAAUCGUUCACGAGAUCGUGAUGCGCCAAGGGCCAUUCUAUCUGGGAGACAAUAACGAUCUCUCUCCGAAGGGGCUGUCCGGCGAGACAGUUUGGUUCUCCCUUGAUCGACGACCAAAGGACAAAGGCGGAAUGGAGAGGAGUAACACUUCGAGUACGAGUAGUCUGUCCUUGCCGCCGAUGCCGGGGACGAGUCCCGACGGCGGGGCCAGUCCCAGGAGGGCCGUCAGUCCCCUGCUCGAGGUCCGCAGGCCUCACUGCACCCUCAACUGCGAGUCAUGCAGCAUAUUCCUCGAGGACAUCUACAGGCACAAAAUAAUAGAAGGCGUUAGAAGAGGUGGCGGUUCACCUUUAAGACCUGUAAUUGACGUCGCUGCCGUCGAAGAAGAGGUAGCUACAUUAAUGAGACGAUGCUGGGCGCAAGAUUCCGCCGACCGGCCGGAUUUUCCUGCGCUGAAGCAAACCAUUCGUAAAAUUAAUAAAGAUUAUGAGAGCAGCAAUAUCUUGGAUAAUUUGCUGUCUCGCAUGGAACAGUACGCCACGAAUUUAGAAACACUGGUGGAGGAACGUACGGCGGACUAUCUUGAGGAAAAACGUAAAUGCGAGGAGCUGCUUUACCAGCUACUACCAAAAUCAGUGGCGUCCCAGCUGAUCCUCGGACAAAGCGUAAUCGCCGAGACAUACGACCAAGUGACAAUCUACUUUAGCGACAUCGUGGGCUUCACAAGCCUGUCGGCCGAGAGCACGCCUCUGCAGGUGGUCGAUCUGCUGAAUGACCUCUAUACGUGUUUCGACUCCAUUAUCGAGAACUUCGAUGUCUACAAGGUAGAAACGAUAGGGGAUGCUUAUAUGGUCGUAUCGGGAUUACCAGUGAGAAACGGCAUGAAUCACGCUAGAGAAAUUGCGAGGAUGAGCUUAGCUCUCAGGGAUACGGUAAUGACGUUCAGUAUUCGCCACAGGCCAAACGAGCAACUGAAGCUUCGCAUUGGCAUGCAUUCUGGACCAUGCGUGGCUGGUGUGGUGGGUCUUAAGAUGCCUAGAUACUGCCUGUUCGGUGACACUGUCAACACAGCCUCCAGAAUGGAGAGUAACGGAGAAGCUUUAAAGAUUCACGUCAGCCCGAAGACAAAGGAAAUUUUGGACACUUUCGGCACAUUCGAACUCGUCUGCAGAGGGGAGGUCAUAUUAAAGGGUAAAGGUCCCAUGACUACUUACUGGCUGAUAGGCGAAAAACCGACGAACAACAACGUGCAACAGGCGAAUCCCACGACAUUCAGUCAGAUAUCGAGCCUGCAGGAUCAAUCCCCUGCCGUCACGGCGCAAAUUCAGAUGACGCAACCGAAGCAAGUGGAGCAACGCGCGCUUCCACCCACUGGCCAGCACAAAUUUCAAGAUCAAUCGGACCAGCAGUACCCGGCUCAGCAGCAACAAUCGAUUCAGUCGAGGAGUCAGGAGUCGCGACAGCAGGGGCAUCCAGAGGGUCAGCAGUGGCCGCAAGAAUCGCAGAACUUGGGUUUAACGGGUCAACCACGGAGUCAAGGCCCGAUUCAGGUUAAUCCAUCGUCCGUUGCACCGAAUCAGCUUCAGCAGAAAACCGCAAUGGCCAUGAAUCCCGCUUGCGGUCUCGCCAUCACUGGCAACGGCGCGCCGAAAUCGACGAUCGCGUCGCGGACUGUCGUCGCCAACUCCUCGCCGUCUCGCAACCGAUCGAGCGGUUCGUCGAACGCGAGCAACUCCGUGCACCAGGUCUAUCCGACGGCCGAGAGUAUGCCAAAUCACACCGAGAGUGGUCCCAACGCGCCGCUCCUUUUACCCGCGGGUGCGAUUCCCAGAGUCUAGCUCUCUUAAAUUGUCUUCUAUCAGUGACAUCCGCUUUAUCAAUUCCCGAAUCUUGGAAAGAUACCGCGAGCUUGAUCGAUACUUGGACACAUCGAUGAGAAUUUUGAUCGGUACUCGUGAGAUAAAAUUAGACGAAAGCAACGGACUUGUUAGAGUUUAGAGGAUGAAAACGAAGGACACUUUUAAGGUUGUCAAGACUCAGCUUCUGCGUUUCAAGAAUUAGAUCUCUUCGAGGCAACAGUUAUUUAUCGUUUGAUUAAUUUUAUCAUGCGUUUCUCUAGCGUUAAUUAAUUUUCUGCCUUUCUGAAAGUUUAUUUGUUGAGUGGAAAUUGUAGUUAAUCAAUUGGUAGGAAGUUUACUUUUCACAAAUUAUUCAUUAUUAAUAAUAGAUAUAGCUGACGAGGCGAGGCUCUACAGAGUCAAGGACCAACUCCAGAUUCGCAGAAAGUAAAUCUUUUCCUACAAGGUAUUACGGAACCAAAUUUUACAAAGAUAACAAUUAGCGCAAUUUAGAACAAAUAUGACUGUCGCGACGGUUAUCAGAUCGCACAGAUGGACAGCGAAAACUCGGAUUAGAGCAGAAAGAAACUUGAAGAAGGAGCAAUGAAUUAUAGAUACACGAUUGAUGCUUUCGCCGAAGGUACUUAUGAUCUUUUGCAUAUGAACACAGUAUUAUUACCGGUCACGUAUGCAUUUUAUUUAUUCAAACUGAAACAAACAUUUGAUGAAAUACGAUUCAUAUGCAACGACACGUAAAAUGCAAUAUGGGCUUAAUUUAGCGGCAAAUUUCUAUUAUCUGCGACCAAUCCCCGCCGAAUUAAAUCACGAACAUACGCAACUCUAAAUUCUCUCUUUUUUUUUAAGAUUUUAAGAACUUGUUUUAUCAAUUUUGAUUAACAGUUAUUAAUCUAAAUAUUUUUAUUGAUAUUAUUAUUACAAUUAUUUAGAACGGGACAGAAAAAUAAUUGGAUCCGAAGGUGUAAUUUUAUUAAUGUUUGGAAAGUUUUCUUGAGAUUCAUCAUACAAACGAACAGUGAAAUUUCUCGACCUUAUCUAUAUGUAUACUUAUUAUGGAAGUAUUUGUGCGUAAGCUUCUUGUAAUAUAUUUUUUCUAUUUUUUUUUUUUCUAUCGAAGUGAUUUUGCUCUUUUUCGUCAUUUAUCUGUGAUCGCGGAUUAUAAACAAAUAUCACGAGGCACGUAAAUCAGCCACAGUGUGUUUGUCGUUGCAUGCCCAUUAUAACAAAUAUUAUUGUAUUCGUAAUGCGCGCGUGCUUACAGAGCGCAACACGAUACAGAGAAUUCCGAACCUAUUACAUACACACAACAAACACACACACACACACACACACAUACCCACGCAAAGUGUUAUAUAUAAAUAUAUAAAAGAGAGAAAAAGAAAUAUAUAUGUAUACACAUACAAAUACAUGUAUAUGUUAUGAGAUUAGAUUAUAUAUAUAUAUAUAUAUAUAGAUGUAUAUGACUGCAAGAAAGCAAAAAGUUACCAGUAGCUAACGUCGAUGUUUAGAGUCCGCUCGUAGCGAACGGAGGCUGGGCCUCUCACGAAACGAGUCUAUGACGUGUCUGAAAAAUAAUAGCGAGAAUGCGAGUGCGUAUACCUGCGCGACACAAAUACAAACAUACACAUAUAGGAGAGCAAGUAUAUGCACACGCGGUCGCAGUUGCAUGUGUUUAAUGUAUGGACGAACGGUGCAGGUGAUUGAUGAUGAUUCUUCGCGGUUACCCCUGUUGUAAACGCGGUAUGUGGCGAUACGAGGUGAGAGAAAUGGGGAGCAUUUACACUCGCGUUCGCGAGUACGAUGCAUCGUGAAGAGUGAAAUUCUAUCUGUGUCAAUCUCUCUUUUAACG